AUUCAAACCAUUCUUAAGGCUUCAACUGACCCUACGUUCAAAAACGAUUACGACCGCCUGAUCAAUGACCACAGGAUUCUAUUCACGUCUGGAAUUCAUGAGCCUAUUCACUUUCUGCCAUGGCAUCGUUAUUUCAUCCUGCUUUACGACAACCUUCUUCGACGAGUGGACUGCAGAGUUACUGUGCCAUACUGGGAUUGGUCUCGAGUCUCGGGUGAUCCAUUUCGAACAAAUCCUACAGACCUUUGGCAUAGUGGAAAUGCUGGUUUUGGUGGAAAUGGCGUUGCACCAAACGGUUGUGUACAGACGGGUCCUUUCAGAGAGAGCAUCUGGAGCCUCCCUCCCCCUCCAGCGGGGGCGCCAACCGAGCCUGGACCUAGAUGCUUACGGCGACGAUUUAAUGGGAACCCUCCAGACCUGGUUGCCGUGAACAGAGUCCUGCAAAUAAACCUGGUUAACUUCACAGAUUUUGAGCUGCUACUCAGGAUUAAUCUCCAUGACGUUGUUCACUGCUUGAUUGGUGGUACCAUGUGUUUUAAUGACUCUGCUUCAGCGCCUGAGUUCUUUCUUCACCAUGGCUUCAUUGACAAGAUCUGGGAUGACUGGCAAAAGAGGAGUGAUGCUCACCUGAAUGUAUUCUUUCCUAAUAUCAACGAGGUUAUGCCAGGCACUCAGGUGUUUCCCAGGGAGGUUGUUGAUCUUUCCUCCCAGCCAGGUGGCGUUCGUGCAGAAUAUCAGCAACCUAAAAGCCCUGUGAGACCUUCAUCAGGCCAGGGACAUAAUCAGCAACGAAGGAGAUUUUCCUCUCUCAAUGCAAAGGUCAUCAGAGUGUUCCACAUAAAGUCAACUGAAGUCAGUAAAGCGAUGGAGAUGGCAAAGAUGUUACAACCUUGAGCUUGUUGAAAGCAAAGAGGAAAAAACUGUCUCUUUAAGUCAGAUGCACUCCUGACUGAGAUAUCGAUAAUGAGAAAUCUUAGGCUAUUUACUCGCAUUAAAAAGUAACGAAUUUAGUCAUCUCGAACUGAGUUAAACUUUUGAUUUAACUGAUAUAUUUUAAAUAUAUAUAUAUGGAAUUGUGUAAAGCGUAAAAGUAAGCUCAGCUGUAACUUAUCCAUCACCUGGCCCCGAUUUUUCAAAGAGCAGAUAACCCGUUCCAACGGAUAAAUCGCUGUCCAGCGGAAAAGUGUUAACUAAACCUACUGCGCUAUCCAUUCGAUAGAGAUUCAACCAGUGUAUUGCAUUAUCCACCCUUCGAACAACCAGGGCAUGGUGGCAACUGGUGCUAAUAAAUGAUGAAGCAACA